AUGGCUCCCCCAAUUUGGAUUCUGGUGCUGCUGGUAGGUGCUGUCUGUAUCCAGGACCAAGUACCGGCCCCUGUGUGGAGACAGAAGCCUCCAGCUCAGAAGCCUCUGGUGCGCAGCUCCAGGGAGAACUCCAUUGUCACUGAGUGUGAUUUUGAGGACGACUCCAAACCUCUGUGUGACUGGUUCCAAAUGGCUACAGAUGAUGGGGACUGGGUUCGAACUACCGGGCCUUCCUCCACUGGUAUCUCCGGGCCUCCUGGAGGGUACCCCAACGGAGAGGGCUACUACCUGCGUAUGGAUUCCAGAACCUUCCCCCGGGGUGGAGUGGCGCGCCUGCGCAGCCCUGACCUCUGGGAGCAAGGCCCGUUCUGCGUCCACUUCGCCUACCACAUGUUCGGACUGUCCUUGGGGGCCCAGCUCAAACUGCUGCUGCUCUCGGGCUCGCCCAACAAGCACCCCAGUGUGCUCUGGAAACACGUGAACACCCAGAGCCCCUCCUGGAUGCCCACCGCCGUCACCGUGCCCGCAGACCUCACUCUACCAAGCUGGCUGAUGUUUGAGGGAAUGAGGGGGAACACGGCCUACCUGGACAUCUCUCUGGAUGCCCUCUCUAUCCGUCGGGGGACCUGCAACCGGAUCUGCAUGACGCAGGUAUGCACCUUUGACACUCCAGAUGACCUCUGUGGCUGGAGCUGGGUCCCCACUGCCACUGGAGCCAAGUGGACACAGAAGAAUGGCUCUUCUGGGCAGCCGGGCGUGGGUCCUGAUGAUGACUUCUCCAGCCCUGGUAGUGGCUUCUACAUGCUCCUGGAUCCCAAGAACGCAAAGCCGGGCCAGAAAUCCUUCCUCCUGAGUCCCGUGAGCCAGUCCUCCGGCUGUCUGACUCUUUCCUUCCAGUACACCCUGCGCGGCCAGUCUCCUGGCGCUGCCCUUGUGGUCUACGCUUCGUUCUUAGGCAGCAUCCGGAAACACACUGUCUACUCAGGACAACCUGGACCCAACUGGCAGCCUGUGUCUGUCAAUUACACAGGACAGGGACACAUACAGUUCCUCGUGGUGGGCGUAUUUGGGAAGGUCCCAGAACCUGCAGUAGCUGUGGAUGCAAUCAGCAUCGCUCCCUGUGGGGAGAGCUUUCCUCAGUGUGACUUUGAGGACAGCACCCAUCCUUUCUGCGACUGGACCCAUGCAUCCUGGGAUGGUGGGCAGUGGACCUGGGGAAGUAAAAGUAUGCCCAUCUCCAUCACAAACCUCCCUAGGGAGCUCUCAUAUGGAGGGGAGCACUAUAUCUACUUCGAUUCAGACAAAUUCUCCAAAGUGGGGCAGUCUGCCAGACUGAUGAGCCGGCCCUUCUGUGCACCUGGGGCCAUCUGUGUGGAGUUUGCUUACCACAUGUAUGGCCUUGGAGAAGGCACCAUGCUCCAGCUCCUGCUGGGGAGCCCUGCGGGCAGUUCCCCCAUUUCUCUGUGGAACCGCAUGGGGUCUCAGAGCCCUGACUGGCUGAACAGUUCUGUCACCAUCCCUUCAGGAUAUCAGCAGCCCAUGCAGCUGUUUCUUGAGGCCACCAGGGGUACCAACACUGCUUUUCUUAUUGCUGUGAGUUUCAUCAUGAUCAAUCACGGGACUUGUCGAGGUAAGAUGAGACCUAAGGCCCCAAGCAAGGGUGCGCUGGAUCUAAGUGGCCCCUUUGAACCUACCCUCUCAUCAUUGCCGACAAUGCUUUCUACCAGACCUUCUAUUCCAGGCACUCGCCCUUCUGAAACUGCCAUAGAAACCCCCACAGUCUCCACAGAAAAUCCACUUAUUUCCACACAAAGUCCAAUUGUCUCCACAGAAAAUAUCACCAUCCCCCCAGAAAAACCUACUGUCCCCACUGAAGAGACCACUGUCCCUGCUGAACAGACCACUGUCCCCACAGAAGAACCUACUGUCCCCACUGAGGAGACCACUGGCCCCACUGAAGAGACCACUGUGCCCACUGAAGAGACCACUGUGCCCACUGAAGAGACCACUGUCUCCACUGAGGAGACCACUGGCCCCACUGAAGAGACCACUGUCCCCACAGAAGAACCUACUGUCCCCACUGAGGAGACCACUGUGCCCACUGAAGAGACCUCUGUCCCCACAGAAGAACCUACUGUCCCCACCGAAGAGACCACUGUCCUCACAGAAAAACCUACUGUCCCCACUGAAGAGACCUCUGUCCCCACAGAAAAACCUACUGUCCCUACUGAAGAGACCGCUGUCCCCACAGAAAAACCUACUGUCCCCACUGAAGAGACCGCUGUCCCCACAGAAAAACCUACUGUCCCCACUGAAGAGACCACUGUCCUCACAGAAAAACCUACUGUCCCCACUGAAGAGACCUCUGUCCCCACAGAAAAACCUACUGUCCCCACUGAAGAGACCGCUGUCCCCACAGAAAAACCUACUGUCCCCACUGAAGAGACCGCUGUCCUCACAGAAAAACCUACUGUCCCCACUGAAGAGACCACUGUCCCCACAGAAAAACCUACUGUCCCCACUGAAGAGACCACUGUCCCCACAGAAAAACCUACUGUCCCCACUGAAGAGACCACUGUCCCCACAGAAAAACCUACUGUCCUCACUGAAGAGACCACUGUCCCCACAGAAAAACCUACUGUCCCCACUGAAGAGACCACUGUCCCCACAGAAAAACCUACUGUCCCUACUGAAGAGACCACUGUCCCCACAGACGAGACUGCUGAACCCACUGAAGAGACCACUGAACCCACAGAAGAGACGGCUGAACCCACUGAAGAGACGACUGAACCCACAGAAGAGACCGCUGUCCCCCCGAAAGAGACCACUGUCCCUGCUCAACAGCCGGCAGCAUGUUCGACGUCGUGCUCCAGCUCCACGCUCUCGGCCGCUCAGCCGCCAGUCUUGGGGAGGCCUUCACACGCUCCGAGAACCUCCACAGCCAAGGCCGCCCCAACCACCAUGGCAGCCCACAGACCUACCACAGUGAGCUGCCCCUCGAAUGCCCACCACGAGUCCUGUGCGUGCCGCGCGACCUGUGAGAACCCCAACCCCAGCUGUGUACCACCGUGCAAGCCGGGCUGUGUCUGCAAUCCUGGCUUUCUGUUUAGUGGCGAGCGGUGCAUCAACGCGUCCUCCUGCGGUUGCUUCUACAGCAAGAGCUACUACAAGCCUGGGGUGGAGUGGUUCAGUCCCAACUGCACAGAGCACUGUCGUUGCCUGCCUGGUAGCCAGCUGGAGUGCCAGAUCUCUCAGUGUGGGAUGCACACUGUGUGCCAGUUGAAGAAUGGCCAGUAUGGAUGCCAGCCCUAUGGCACCGCUACCUGCCUGGUCUAUGGAAACCUUCAUUAUGUCACCUUUGAUGAAAAGCACAUUGACUUCUCGGGGAGAUGCACCUAUAUCUUGACCCAAACCUGCAGCAACUCAACAGAACCAUUCUUCAGGAUAACAGCAAAAAACCAGAAACUUGGACCAGAAGGUGUGUCCUGUCUGAACAAGGUGUCCAUCACCCUGCAAGAGAUCACAAUUACCCUGCUCAAGGGAAGACGCACACAGGUUGGGGGCCAGAGAGUCACGCUUCCAAUCAUACCUUCCGAAGGCAUCUUCCUGGGCCCAAGCGGGCGAUUUGUGCAGCUGAGUACAGCUUUUGGUCUGCGUGUGAGAUGGGAUGGUGACAGGCAGCUUUUCGUGACUGUGUCCAGCGCCUACUCAGGCAAACUCUGUGGUUUCUGUGGAGACUAUAACGGGGACAGCAGCAAUGACAACCUGAAGCCAGACGGCAGCCCAGCACAAGAUGUGGAGGAGCUGGGGAGCAGCUGGCAGACAGCGGAGGAGGACGAUAAAGAGUGUCAGAAGAACGAGGAGACCACCUCAGCCUGCGACCCGGCCUUGGAGAGCAGUAUGUCGGGGCCCAAGUACUGCGGCCAACUUGUCGACUCCUACGGAAUAUUUGAGGACUGCCUGCUCCACCUGAAGGCCUCUUCCUUCUUUGACAACUGCAUGGCUGACAUGUGCAACUUCCAGGGCCUCCAGCAGGUGCUGUGCACCCACCUGUCUGCCAUGACUGCAGCCUGCCAGGACGCUGGCUAUGCCGUGAGACCCUGGAGGGAACCCCAGUUCUGCCCCCUGGUCUGCCCUCAGAACAGCCAGUAUUCCCUCUGCGCCACACCUUGUCCUGACACCUGCCACUCAGGAUUUGUUGACAAAACCUGCCCAGAUCAGUGCGUGGAGGCCUGUGAGUGCAAGCCCGGCUUCGUCCUCAGCGGCCUUAAGUGUGUCCCCCGAUCGCAGUGCGGGUGCCUCAGCCCCUCAGGGGUCUACUUGCAGACAAAGGAGCAGUGGUACAAGCCAGGCUGCAAGGAGCGCUGCGUGUGUGAAGGGAACAACAGAACCACCUGCCAGCCCUGGAAGUGUAGGGCCCAGGAGGCUUGUGCUUGGAAAAACGGUAUAUAUGGCUGCCACGCCCAAGAUACAGCCACCUGCACUGUCUCAGGUGACCCCCACUACCUGACAUUCGAUGGCGCCCUGCACCAUUUCUUGGGUACCUGCACGUACAUCCUCAGUCAGCCUUGCCUGUUCAGGUCUCAUGAGAACUACUUCGUCGUGAGCGCCACCAAUGAGAACCGUGAUGGGAACCUGGAGUCCUCCUAUGUCAAAGCAGUCCAUGUGCAGGUCUUUGACCUCAAAAUCUCACUGAUCAAAGGUCAAAACGUCAUGGUGAAUGGCCAUCGGGUGGUCCUUCCCGUGUGGCCUUUGAAGGGCCAUGUGGCCAUCAGGCCUAGCGGUUCCUUUGUCCUGCUCUACACAAACUUUGGGCUUCAAAUUCGCUAUGAUGGGAACCAUCUGGUAGAGGUGACAGUGCCUUCGUCCUACGCUGGCCAGCUCUGCGGGCUGUGUGGCAACUACAACAACAACAGCCUAGACGACAAUCUGCGUCCAGACAGGAAGCCAGCAAGCAGCUCUUUGCAGCUGGGAAUUGCUUGGAAAGUACGGGAGGCCUCUGAGUCUGGCUGUUUCCUGGUGGGAGGCAAGACCUCCAGCUGCCAAGAAAACAACGUGGACAUUUGGAAUAAGAACUGUGCUAUCCUGAUGAACCCUCUGGGGCCGUUCUCCAGCUGCCAUCAGGUAGUGUCCCCGAAGGCCAGCUUCGCCAGUUGUGUGCAUGCCCAGUGUAGAACCAAGGGCGACGUGGCGUCUCUGUGCCGUUCCCUGCAGGCCUAUGCGGCCCUGUGCUCCCGGGCAGGCCAGCUGACUGACUGGCGCAACAGCACCUUCUGCCCUGCGAGGUGCCCACCCAGAAGCAGCUACAGCCCCUGCGCAAACCCCUGCCCACCCACCUGUCUCACCUUGAUCACCCCGAGAGACUGCCCGGCCACUUUGCCUUGUGCCGAGGGCUGCGAGUGCGAGAAAGGCUACGUCCUGAGCGGGAAGUCCUGCGUGCCUCUCAGCCAGUGCGGCUGCGUCGACCAGGGCGGUGCCUAUCACCCGGUCGGGCAGAGUUGGUACAGUGAGGCGGGCUGCCUCGCCAGCUGCUCCUGCCUGGUGCGCAACAACAUCACCUGUAGCGAAACGUCCUGCAAGGUCAACCAAGUGUGCCGGGCCCAGGACGGGCUGCUCCUCUGCAAGACCUCAGGCAUGGGAGUAUGCCAACUCUCAGAGGACUCCAACUACGUGAGCUUCGAUGGCACCAGUCACCCUUUCCACAGCACGUGCACUUACGUUCUGGUCAAAGUUUGUCACCCCAACAUCAACCUGCCUUUCUUCAAGAUCAGUGUCAAGAGCGAGAAGAGGAUUCACGACAGAACCAGCCCUUUCUACCUCCACGAGGUCUACAUCGAGGUCUUCGAAUUCCGCAUUACCCUGAAGAAGAGCCACCGCGUCCUGAUCGACGACAAGCCGGUUAUCCUCCCUGCCACAACCCAGAUCCCGGGGAUCAACAUCACGGCCAAAAGCACGUACACCAUGGUCACGUUUCGGAAUGAAAUGCGACUCAUAUUUGACGGCAGUCGUUUCUUAGAGAUCAGAGUCUCUGAAACGUGCUCGGGAAAGAUCUGUGGUGUCUGUGGGAACUUCAACGGCGAGGAAGAGGAUGAACGCAUGAUGCCCAGUGAUGAACUAGCCCUGGAUGAGCAGGAAUUUAUGGACAGUUGGAAAGACAAGGACUUCGAACCAAGUUGCCAGAGUACCAAAGGUAACAAGCUGAUUCCGGUGGAGCAGGAGUUUGUGAAUGAAAACUGCACCCUGGAUGACGUGGUGAAAACCUAUAACUACUGCCGAGAUGCCCUCAAGAAACCUGUCUGGACCCCGUGUACCUUACAAGUGCACCCUAAGCCCUUCCUGAGGGACUGCGUGGACAGCUUCUGCAUGUCCAGAGAUCGCGUCCAAGCCCUCUGCGAGGCUCUGAAUGCCUUCGCAGAUGCCUGCAAGCGUAAAGGGCUCGAGCCACCACUCUGGAGGACCAGCAUGUUCUGCUCUAAGGAAUGCCCAGCUCACACCAGUUACACCAGCUGCCUUCCCUUCUGUUUACCCUCCUGCUCGAACCUGGAUGGCCGCUGCGAGGGCACCAGCACCAAAGUCCCCUUCGUUUGUGUGGAGGGCUGCAUCUGUCAUCCGGGCUAUGUGCUGAAUGAGGACAAGUGUAUUCCAAGGAGUCAGUGUGGCUGCAAAGAUGAUCAGGGUACUUUCAUCCCGACAGGCAAGACCUGGAUUUCCAGGGGCUGUACCCAGAGCUGCGUCUGCACAGGAGGGACUUCUCAGUGCCAGAACUUCUACUGCCCCGUGGGGACCCACUGCCGACAGAAUGACGACACCACGAGCAGCUGCGCCCCUGACCGAUUGGACAAAUGUACCGUCUUUGGCGACCCCUAUUACCGCACGUUUGAUAAAGUACAGUACCGCUUCUUGGGUCAGAUGAGCUACAUUCUCGUCAAGACAGUAGACAAGCUUCCAGAAGGAAUAGAACGCCUGCUCGUGAAAGGGCGCAACAAAAUGUCCCGGAGAGGGAGCCCGCUCUUGCAUGAAGUGACCACUGUCGUCUAUGACUACAAAGUCCAGUUUCUAAAGGGCCUAGAAGUUUUGGUCAACAAUCAGAAGGUGGAGCUCCCCUACACUCCUGAUGAGCAUCUACGCAUUAUCUUUCGGGCCCAGCAGCUGUAUUUGAUAACUGAUUUUGAAAUGGUUGUGACCUUUGAUGGAAUUCAUAGUCUAGUGAUCAACCUGCCCUCCAUGUACCAGGGACUGGUCCGUGGCCUGUGUGGGUUCUAUGACAAAAACUACAACAACGAUUUCAUGUUGCCUUCUGGAGAGCUCACCACAAGCAUCAAUGUCUUUGGCAACAGUUGGGAGGUGAAGCCAGAGAAUGUCCUCUUGCGCUUCCCAAGGGCCCUGCAAGAAGAGGAGGAAGAGCAAGAGGAGAAACGAUUUAGCUUCUUCUCGUCGGAAUGCAGCCCAGAGCGGCUGGCAUCCAUCAGAAGCGCCCAGGCCUGCAGUGUGCUGGUGGACCCCCAGGGCCCCUUUGCUGCCUGUCACCAGAUUGUGUCCCCAGAGCUCUUCCAGGACCACUGUGUGUCUGACACGUGCACCGCCCAGGACCCCGAAGAGGAAGAAGAACUCCGGUGCCGAGUCCUCAGUGGCUACGCCAUCAUUUGCCAGGAGUCGGGUGCCAGCCUGGCCAACUGGAGGAACCAGACCCACUGUGCUAUGACGUGUCCAGCCAAUACUGUGUAUCAGAGCUGCAUGGCACCGUGCCCUACAUCCUGUGUCAAGCCAGUGGCCCCCAAGGACUGUGAGGGCCCCUGCGUGGAAGGCUGUGCCAACCUCCCAGGAUACGCCUACAGUGGCACCCAGAGCCUCCCAUGGCAAACUGUGGCUGCACUAGCAAUGGUGUCUACUAUAAGCUUUGUGACCGAGGACUGUUCCCAGCACUGCACCUGCAUCAGCCUGGGGAUCCUGACGUGUGAGCCCUUCGGCUGCAGAGCCGGGGAGAUCUGCACCCUGGGUAACUUCACCCGAGGCUGCUUCCGAGAAAGCCCAUGUCUCCAGAACCCCUGUCAAAAUGACGGCUGGUGCCAGGAGCAGGGGACCAGCUUCAUCUGCCACUGUGAACUCGGUUACGGGGGAGAACUCUGCACGGAGCCUCGGAUUGUGAAGCGCCACAGAAAGCCAGCCCCUGUGCCAAGGCUAAGGAGCCAGGGGGAGAGGGAGGGGCAGCCUCGCCCCGGAGAUGCCCCAGGCUUUCGGCGGCACUGGCAGCCUGAGCCGUUAGUAGCAGCUGCCAAUGACUCACCUCCCAGCACCCCAAACAUCCUGAGGCUAGGAACCAAGAACCCCCCCAUCUGA